AUGGCCAUUGAUGUUCUUCCGUGCAGAUCACUUUCUGGCAAUCAGCUCACUGCCACAAUUCCCACUGCAGUUAGCAACCUUAGGGACCUGACAUUCCUUGAUCUCUCUCACAACUACCUCACAGGCCCUCUUGUGAAUCUUUCGGGCAUCCAAGCAGACCUCUCCAACAACUACAUGUCGGGUGCUGUGCGCCGGUCGGUACAGUUUGGAGUGAUCAGCUGUGUUUCAGGAGUCCUCCCAAGGAGCACUCUCACGCCUUUCACUGUACUCCCCAAGGGCACGCAGCAGGAGACGGUGGGGAGGUUUGGAGAAAAGCCACUCACUCUCUUCAUGUACCCGCCUGGCGCUCCUUUACCCAAGGCUGUCCAAAUCAAAGAGCAAGAGGCCACUUUUGCACCGUCUCACGCCAGUCCCUUUUCACGCUACGUGAGUGCGGACUUCAAGCUGUCGGCCACCAGAGCGGACUCGUGGAGCAUUCGUGACUUCCACACGUGGGACAAUGUGCCCUUCUUCAACUGGCCUGUCAAGAACCAAAACGACUGCAUCCUGCUCAGAUGCGUGCAGGCGUAUGCGGUGUGCUCUGCUGGCGGCUCCCCCACCCAGGCCUUUGAGACGCUCACAGCUCUCGAUGCCUCUAGUGGUCUCACAGGGGCCAGUGAUCCGGCAUCAAAGUACCCAGUGCAGGCGUUUGAGCAAGCGCAGUUCAAGGGGUAUGUGGGGCUCAUGCUGGCAGUGCAGCGGCAGCCAGUGGUGGUUCACAUCGAGGCGUCUCCAACCUUCAUGCUCUAUGAUGGGACAUUCAAGUACCAGGAUCCUGGUUGCUACACGGGCAACCUCAACCACGUUGUACUCGUUAUUGGCUACUUCAUCACAAGAAACGAUGGCAGCCAGAACCGCAUUGCUCCUCCAUUUUGGAUCAUCCGCAACUCGUGGGGAGAGGAGUGGGGCAAGAGAGGGCACAUGCGCAUGGACAUUCAGGGAGGGGAUGGCGUGUGUGGCAUCAACGUGCUGCCUGGCAUCUACCCCAUUCUCAAGAGCGACCCCUGCGGCCAGCGCAGCUACAAGGGCGAUGGGGAUUCGCAGCCCAGCAUGAACCCGUACGGUCGCUUCCAGUGCCAGGCGACGACAGAGACCACCAACAUCUGCACCUGCAAUAUUCCGACCGCUCCUGUGCAGCCCUUUGUGGAGGCUGAGAAUGGAUACGGCUCCAACACAUGUGCUUAUGGUGAGCUCUGCGGCAAGAGGAGAGCCAACACUACGGCCACCACAAUGACAGUCAGCGGAGACAACUGGUGGUGCUCGGAUGUUCACCCCCUUGUGGGACUCUCACUAGCUGCCUUCACAGACCAAAACACUGGCAUUGAUUGCAGCCAGCCAUUGCCCAAGGGCAGUGUUCUUCAGCUUGAUGGUACUCCUGCCACACCCUGCACUGCCUUCGUCUACUCCCUCAAUGGGGACACCUGUGCAUCCAUCAGCAGACCGCUCAACUUCACAGAACCUGAUCUCACCGCACUCAAUCCCGGCCUUGACUGCUCCAAGCCCAUCAAAGCAGGCUGCUUCGUGUGCAUCAAGCGCAGCGCUACCUUUGCAUUCACCGUCCCCGAGUGUGUGCGAUACGGCAUGUUCACUCCUCAAGACACUCGGCAGCAACAUCGGUGUGCAGGUUUGCCUCAGGGCAGAGUAUUGGUCGUUCACGAUGGGUUCAUGCAAGAAGGGGGGGGUGAAGUCUGUACAGCCAUCAAUGCCAUGCUCAGGUGCUUACUGCUACUACGGUGGAGCUACCUCAACAGCAAUCACACGGUUUCAUGA